CCCGGAGACAGAUAGAUAGACACAGAGGCAUAGACAGCCAACGAGCRAGUCAGUCAGUCAGUGAGAUUAGGACAGUUGACUUGACGCAAUAUCAGCUUAAGUCUCAUCAAUUCAAUUGAGAUUCCCCCCACAUAUAAGCCACACGUGGUACACAGGCCGCUUAUCAGCCGCAACCGAGUCUAGCACUUCGCUUGGAGCACAUCGGUUGGAUCAGUACAGUUGUACAGUCAAAAGUGUUCGGAACAGCAGUCAGUCUACAGCGGGCAUCCUGUUGCAGGUCGUCAUGGCAGCAAAGAGAAUGGAUCUAAGUGUGCGCACGUUUCUGGUGCUGAGCGGCUGCUCGAAUCCGCUUGGCCAGACGCUUGCCCAGGAGCUGUGCGGCCGCCUGGCACCUGGCUCGAUGGCACUUAUCCUGGACGAAAAUCCCGAGAAAUUGGAGGAUUUGAGACAGCAGCUGACAUCGGAAGCGGUCCUCAUCGUCCCUGGCGUUUGGGAUGCCCAGCACAGCAAUGGCGUGCAGCUGCUGGAGCAGAGCCUGCUGCUGGCCGGAGAUGUGCCCUUCCAGCGCACCAUCAUGGUGCACAACGAGGGCGAGACUGCAACGCAUAUGCUGCUGGAGCCACAGACGGAGCAGACCUGGCUCCAGUAUGUGCAGCAUCAACUGUACGCGCCGGUGGCAUUGAAUCAACGCUGGCUGAACGCCUUCCAAUUGAGGGGCAUCGAGAAGCUGGCCAUCAAUGUGACCUCAUCGCUGCAGGUGCGCCCGUUGGUCUACAGCACGCUGCUCUGCUCGUGCAAGCGGGCGCGUGACAUGUACUUCCGGGCCAUGGCCUCGGAGGAGGCGCGCGCCAAUGUGCAUGUGCUCAGCUAUGCGCCCGGCUUGCUCGAGACGCAUCGCGCCCAUUGCGAUGAGAACGGCAACAUUCUGAGGCCCGAGGAGCUGAUCGAGAUGCCGCCAGAGCGAAAAUUGCCGCGAGUCGAGCCGCUGCAAUCCACGCUCAAGCUGAUCAACAUCCUGGAGAAGACCGCCUUUGUGUCCGGUCAUGACGUGGACUACUACGACACCUUCUUCUUAUGAGUAGUAAUGCAGUCGUGGUCUGUGCAUCCAAUUGCAAUCUCUUAUCGCAAUUGGCUCGCACGGGCACGAACUGCCACUGACAUGCUUUUUAACAUGGCGAACGGUGUCGACCUAGAUUUUGUCCAACUGAAUACGGAUUUGAAUAAAAUAUGGCUGCUGAUCCUCGUGCUACUAACGGUACAAUUUGCGUGCUUCGCAAACGAGACACACGAAGACGAAACACAAAA